AUGGCGACGCGUUCGGUCGCCGCGCGAUGCCUCGCGUUCGUUCUCCUGCUCGCCCUCACCGCGGUCGCGUCGGCUGCGGACUAUUACAAGACCCUGGGGCUGAAUCGCGGGGCGUCCGACGACCAGAUCAAGCGCGCCUACCGCAAGCUGGCUCUGAAGUAUCACCCCGAUAAGAACCCCGGGAACGAAGAGGCGGCGAGCAAGUUCGCGGACAUCGGCAACGCGUACGAGGUGCUGAGCGACGCGGAGAAGCGACAGAUCUACGAUCGCCACGGCGAGGAGGGCGUGAAGCAGCACGCGCAGCAGGGCGGACGCGGCGGCGGCGGCGGCUUCGGCGGGGGCGACAUCUUCUCCCAGUUCUUCGGCCACGGCUUCGGCGGCUUCGGCGGCGGGCCUCAGGAGCCGGAGACGCCGAAGGGCAACUCGCUCGUCAUCGAUCUCGACGUGUCCAUUCGAGACCUCUACCUCGGCCGCGUCAUUCGCGUCGCGCGAGAUAAGAGCGUCAUCAAGCCCGCCAAGGGCACGCGGAAGUGCAACUGCAAGCAGCGCAUGGUGACGAGACAGAUCGGGCCGGGGAUGUACCAGCAGUUCGCCAAGGAGGAGUGCGAGGAGUGCCCCAACGUGAAGCUCGGGAGGGAGAGCGAGACGAUCGCGGUCGAGAUCGAACCAGGCGCGCCGGAUGGGCACGAGAUGCUUUUCUUCGAGGAGGGCGAGCCGAUUGUGGACGGCGAACCCGGCGACCUCACCUUUCGCGUCAGGACGGCGCGGGACGACCGCUUCGAGAGGCGUGGGAACGAUCUGCACAUGACCUUCCGCGUCGAUCUCGUCGAGGCGCUCGCGGGAUUCGACAAAGCCUUCACGCACUUUGACGGACGCGAGGUGCGGCUGAAGCGGCUCGGGAUCACCACUCCGGGCCUGGUGGAGACCAUCGCCAAGGAGGGCAUGCCCGUGUUCAAUCAACACCAAAAGUUCGGGAACCUCGUCGUGACGUACCAGGUGGACUUUCCCAAGAAGCUCACGGAGAAGCAAAAGGGAGAGGUCAAGAAGCUCUUCGCGGGGACGUUCUGA